UUCGUCAUUCGUGUGUCACAAAAUUAAAUCCACAAACCAAACAAUAAUUAUUUGAAACUUUUUACAGUACUGAUUCAGUGAUUGUAGGUUUGUUUUCGAAAUGCUCUAGGAGCGAUCAUGGGCGAAGGCCUCCUCUCUGACAUCCCUCUGGGAUUCUCGGCUGCUGCAGAAACGUUGAACAAAUUACCUCAGGAUUGCUUGGCUGAGCUGUGUUCUGAAGUUCUCCGCUUCCUGCAAUACAAAGUGGGCACCAUUAACAUUGUGUCAUUUCAGCAGACUCUGGAGGAGAGACAGUGCUCUGUUAGUAAAGAGGCUCUGCAGAGUGGUGUCAAUGCAUUGACCUUCGUUUUUCGGUCGGCGGCAGCAGGCCAGGCCUCUCCUGAUGACUUGCUUGCUGCAUUGCAGGCUAGUCGGAUAUGGAGCGACGCCUCACUCGCUGCCAUCAAGAAGCUAUGGCAUGUACAGGGUAAGCUUCUCAUGGAGGGCUCUGCUGCCAGCAAGAUUCUCAAUGUCGGGCAGCUAUUGAACAUUGACUGGAAGUUGGGUAUGGCUGUAUCCAGUAGUUCAUGCCGCGGUCUCAAUACACCAUUUGUAACACUUCUCCUGCGAGUAGCAGAGCCGUCUGGCAACAUCAUCGAGCGCUCCGUGGAAAUGAGCGUGCCAGAAUUUCAGAACUUUGCACAAGAGAUGAAGUCAAUGUCCGGAAUGUUGGCCACUGCUUAGUUUCAACUCCUACACUCCACUCCGCUGGUAAUCCUUUGCAAAGGAUGUUAUUGACAAUGACAAAAUGUUUACUGUCCUAAGUUUGACGUCUAUUCACGUCACACACCGUUCAGGUGCAUCCUUUUAUUUUGCUGCUGGGAAGCAAAGAAAUUGUACUUCUAAUGCAUUUUGAUCACUACUACUUAUACAUGCGUGGGUGUUAAAAGCCUCUUCUUUUGCAUGUUUGACAAUCAUGACUGUAAUGCAGCCAGAUCUAAUAAUGAAAAUGUUGAAUUCGA